UCGUGCGUCGUGGACACAAAAAUUCGAAUCGUUCUGGCGACGGAAAUUUGCACGUGGCAAAACGGUACUUUUACUCCUAUUCUCUCCUCCCCGCUCGCUGCGUGAGUGAUCUAACGAAAAACGGAAAGCGACGACAGCGAACAAAGGCAAAUAAAAGCGGAAUCCUGUGAAAAGUGAAAGCAAUUGAAACUCGCUUCAAAACAUGAAAUGAAAUAUUUUUCGGUGCAGGAUAUAUGAAAAAUCAACAGAACGGUUUCCCAAUACGAUAUAUACCAAUAAGUGUGUGUGCGUGUGCAAUUGUGUGAACACCUACAAAAGAAAUAAAAAAGGAAAUAACAAAUAACGAAUAAAGAAUAAAGAAGGAAAAAGGAUACGCGAGCUUAAGGCAAACGGACUUUCGACUGUCCCAUCUGACCAUCGACCAAGCCGAAGUCGAGGAUUAUUAUAUUCGCCAGCAGGGAAAACAAUAAAACUGCCCGAAGUCAUAAAAGCAGCAGCAAUACACAUGGAUGCGUGUAUAUAGAUCGGUGACUUUCGCACGAUCAAGAUGAAAUCCAGUCAGUCGGCCGCUAGUCUCGUCAUCCCAGCCCAUCAGCACAGAUAGUUUAAAUGACCAGAAAGAAAUCACGUCAAUCGAGAGCCACAUCGAAAUAGGUGAAGACAGUUUGAGGACCGAUAGCUCGGUCAGAUCGCACAACUCGAAGCUCCACUGUGUUGCGACAUGGGUGAAAGUCAGCUGCUGCUGUUGCUGCGGCUCCUGCUGCUGCCAACAGUCCUUGUUGGCUGGAUGGACUGUGCGGAGGCCUCCACGGCGGACAUCUACAAGGGCGCCCGCCUGGGCCACCGCAUCGUCCAGACCCGCUAUGGCCGACUGCACGGACUCAUCCUGCCGCUAGACAGCUUUCGCUUCCUACGAUCGGUUGAGGUCUUCCUAGGUGUGCCAUAUGCAACGCCACCCACCAAACAAAAUCGGUUUAGUCCCACGAGAGCACCGGCGCCUUGGGACGGCAUUCGGAUAUCGGAUAAGUACAGUCCCGUGUGUCCGCAGCGGCUGCCCAAUAUCCAAAACGAGACGGCGGCACUGGAGAAGAUGCCCAAGGGUCGCUUGGAGUACUUAAAGCGACUGCUGCCCUUUCUGGAAAACCAAUCCGAGGACUGCCUCUACCUGAAUGUCUUCUCGCCGGUCAAUGCCGGAGCCAAUGAGAAGAAAUUGCCGGUGAUUGUGUUCAUACACGGCGAGUCCUUCGAGUGGAGCAGCGGAAAUCCUUACGACGGCAGUGUCCUGGCCAGCUAUGGAGAAGUGGUAGUGGUGACACUCAACUACCGGUUGGGAAUAUUGGGUUUCCUCAAUGCCAAUCCCAAUCCGCAUGCCCAUGCCAGGGUGGCCAACUACGGGCUGAUGGAUCAGAUGGCCGCUCUCCAUUGGAUCCAGCAGAAUAUCCAAAAGUUUGGCGGGGAUCCCAACUCGGUGACCUUGGCGGGUCACGGAACGGGAGCGGCCUGCAUCAAUUACCUGAUGACCUCGCCCACAAUGGUGAGGGGUCUCUUCCAUCGGGCCAUUCUCAUGUCCGGCUCUGCCUAUUCAUCCUGGGCCCUGGUCGAAGAUCCCGUGCUGUUCGCCAUCAAGCUGGCCAGGGAGGUCAACUGCACCAUUCCCGAGGACAUCAACCGGCAUCACGAGCAGAUUGUCGACUGUCUGAGGGAUGUGCCGCUGGAGGACCUCUACACCGCCGACAUUCAGGCUCCCAACUUUCUAACAUCCUUCGGGCCAUCGGUUGAUGGCGUUGUCAUACGACCCGGACAUUCCAAUCUCGAUAUCGAUGAUUUAAUGGCGCGCAACUCGAGGCGUUCGUCAGCGGACUCCGGCUUCCAAUCGUCCGGCGGAUCUGGAGGUGGUGGAGGUCCAGGGGGCGCAGCCGGUGGCUCCGGAUCUUCGUUCGGCGGCGGCGGAUAUUUUGGAGGCGGCGGUGCGGGAACGGCCAGCAUGGGCGGUCACUAUGACGUCCUCUUUGGCGUCGUUACGGGCGAAUCGAUUUGGCGCUUCAGUGCCCACGAUAUACAAAACGGUUUCGAGGGCGACAGACGCGAUAAAAUUAUCCGCACCUACGUCCGCAAUGCCUACAAUUAUCACCUCAACGAGAUAUUCUAUACGAUCGUCAACGAGUACACGGAUUGGGAUCGCACCUCGCAGCAUCCGAUCAAUACCCGGGACACGGCAGUGGCCGCCCUGUCGGAUGCCCAGUUUGUGGCUCCGAUUGUCCGAGCCGGCGAUAUCCUGGCCGCCAAUUCCCCGCCCCCCGUGAGCUCAUCCUCGCCCGCUGGCUCCUCGGGGGCGAAUGCAGCUGCCUCAACAUCGGCGGGCGGCUCCACCCAGCCCUCCGGUCGGUGCUACUUCUAUGUGUUCGAUUACCAGACGAAGGACGGCGACUAUCCCCAGAGGAUGGGCACCGUGCACGGCGAGGAUUUGCCCUACAUUUUCGGUGCCCCGCUGGUCGAUGGCUUCAGCCACUUUCCGCAGAACUACACCAAAUCGGAGACGGCUCUUUCGGAAGCGGUGAUGAUUUUCUGGACCAACUUUGCACGCACCGGCAAUCCUAACGAACAUCAUCGCCAGGACUCGUCGCUGCCGGUUUCAAAGGAGCGCAACCGCUUCCGCAGCAUCACCUGGGAAAAUUAUGAUCCGCUGCACCAAAAGUAUUUGGAAAUAGGAAUGAAGCCGCGCAUUAAGAAUCACUUUCGGGCCCAUCAACUCUCGAUUUGGCUGCGCCUGAUACCGGAGCUCCAUCGCGCCGGGAUGGAGGAUGUGAUAGCCCGGCACAAUCUGUUCCGCAAUCACGACGAUAUGGACCUGUACGAGGGACCCGUUAAACCGGAUCCGUUUGGCAUAUCGUCAGCAGGCGGAUCAACCGGCGGCUCCUCAUCCUCAUCGUCGUCGUCAUCGCGGCUCCUUCUCGUCGAUGAGCAAUUGAUGAUGAAGAAGGGGCGGGGACUGAACGCCUCGGCCUAUUUGAACGGCAUAUUGGGCGUCACCACCGUUGAGCCGAACAACAUGUAUACGACCUGUAUACCCAUUGGAGGAAAUUACUCGGGCGGCGGCGGUGUCUUUGCACCCACCACUCUGGCCAACGCCUCGUCGGAUACUUUGGCCUCUGGGUUCGAGGCAGCCGGCUAUGCGGCCUAUUCGACGGCCCUCAGUGUUACGAUUGCAAUUGGCUGCAGCCUGCUGAUACUCAAUGUGCUGAUUUUCGCCGGCGUCUACUAUCAGCGCGACAAGACGCGGCUGGAGGUGAAGACCCUGCAGAAGCAGUACCAGCAGCGCAAUAUGCACCAGCAGGUGCCCUACCCACCGGAGCCCAUCAAGCACGCCCACUACCACAUGGGUCACUCGCAGAGCUCGGCGAACGUCAUCGUGGACGUGGAGAGCCAUCAGGACCAGGCCGGCCAGGCCGCCAUGCUGCUCCAAGCCGCAGCAGCCGCGGCGGCAGCAGCGGCCAACGACGUCAAGCCACCGCCACCGCACAUCUGCUCAAAUACAGGUAUGCAACAGCAGGUGGGUGGCGGCAGCGGUGGAGCCCUAAAUAACGGUGGCAUCGAGGGGUCAAAGGUGACCACAGACAAUCUGGGCAACGUCACUUACAGCACCAGCUCCAAGCAGCAGCAGCAGCAACAUCAGCAGCGUGAGCACAUGCAAAUCAAGGGAAUGACCGGCACGCAAACCUUCGCCCGAAGUGGCUCCGGAUCAGGGGGCGGGGCAGGAGGCGGAGGAGGUGGAAGCGGUGGUUCCGGUUCCGGUGGCGCCUCCGUGGUGGUAUCCGGCAGCAGUGUGAGCUACAAUCCCGGCAUGAUGACGCUGCCCAAGUCGGGGGGACUCCAUCACGCAGCCACUUUGAAUUAUGCGCGCAACACGGCCGCCUUGAAUUUGUCGGGCGGUGGAACAGCCCUGGUGGAUAGUCGCGGCAAUGUCCUGCUCACCAGCACAGCAGUGGGUCCUGGAAUGGGCGGUGGCUCUGGCGGCGGAGGAGGAGGAUCCAGCGGUGGCGGAGGCGGUGAUUGUAUGACCCUGCCACGCAAUCUAAGUCUGGCGGCCGCAGGACGACACAAUCCCACGACAGCCGAGCUGCAGCAAUAUCAACAGCAACAGUCGGGCAAACAUCAGGCAAAUGGAGCUGUCCUCACUGGCAUUCAGUCGCAUCACAUACGCGGACCACGCCCACCGCUCCGCACCGCCUCCUCGACGACAACGAACAGCAGCAGCAAUAACUCCGCCAUGGGCGUGGCCAUGGGCGGGGGCGGUGGUGGUGGAAACAUGCUGCUGGACCAAACGCCAUCCGGCGGCAGCAGCAGCAGCGGGGUGAGCAGCGCCCCCAGCUCCUCGAAGGGUCACCACACCCACUCGCACUCGCAUGCCGCCCACCUGGUCCACUCGCACGGCGACGGCCUCGUCCUGACCUCCGCCUCACCUGUGGGCGGUCAGCAGCAGCAUCAGCAUCCGCAGCAGCAGCAACAGCACCCGCAGCAGCAUCCGCAACAGCAGCAACAACAGCAAGUGCCGCAGGCGGCGAUGGACGAGAUGCGCGAGUUCUAUGCACCGAAGCAGGCGGAUGAUGACGGCCAACUCAAUGGGACACCAGCAGAUGCAGCAGCUGCGGAGGGCGAUGGAGCGGGAAAACCCGGAGGAGGAGGAGGAGGAGUAGGACCACCGCCCAUCAGUGACCACAGGCAGCGACAGCAGCUGAAGAAGUUGCGUUUCAAGCGGGAAAUGCACGCCUUGGCGCUCGAGGGUGGCGAUGUGGCCAGGGGCUACUGCUCCUGCGACGAGCAGUGGACCAACUCCUCCUCGCCGACGUCCACCAUUUCGCCAACGAUGCCAACUGCCGGAAAUGCCAGAGGCGUAGGCGGCGGAGGGGGAGGACGCCUUGCAACCGGAAACGGGCCUGGAAACUCCAGCGGCAGCAGCGGUAUUGUCAAAAUGGCGGCUGCCACGCCAAUGGCGGCGACGGCGGGAAAGCGUAGCGGGCGGCUCAAGCAGCAGCAUCAUGUGCGCUUUUCCGACGAGAAAAACUUCUCGGAUUGAGGGGGAAAAACCAACUACUAGACUGCACCUAAUCUCUGUUUAGUCAUAGGCGAAAAAAAAGUCAAAAACAAAUCAUCAGAAAACCCUAAGAAAUUAUAUUACAAAUCGGUAGAUAAACGUAAUCAACUAAGGAUCCUGUAAAUAUAGUUCGAAAGUGUUAGUUAAAAUAUCUGUGUUUAGUUGCUCGAUAGAUCUGUUGUGAAACAUACAUAUAUAUGCGUAUAUAUAAAUAAAAUAUAUAUGUAUGAGUAUAAUCAAGUAAUCACGUAAGCGUAGCACAAAUGCAUUUUUUCCACUCAUCAGCUAAUUGAAAGCAAAUAUUGAUGGAGAUUGUUGAUAACGGAAUUCUGUUGACGGCAUUGUAAAUAUUCUAGUCAAAAUAAACAUAAAAUGUGGUAUUAUUUACUGAAAGUAAAACGAUGAAAAUAAAAUUAAAAAAGUACACUUAAAAUGAAAAAAAGAAACACAAACAUGGCUCAAAAUAGAUUAGAUUAACAAUGAAAGUAAUGAGAGGCAUAAUUGAAAACAAAUAACUAGUUAAUUAUUUAAAUUAAUACUCCGAGGAUGGAAAGUAAACAAGUGACGCUUUUUUUUACUGUGUACAAAGCCAGCCAACACACUGAAAAAUAAAAAAAACAAAAUGUUUAAUUUAAAGGAAAUCGAAUUAAUUGUAAAACACACCGAAAAUUGUUGCAAGGCUUUUAAAAUAUACGUUUGUAAUUCUUUUCCUUAUGAAUUGAUCAAGAACAAAAGCACAUUUUCUUUUAUAAAAUCCUACCAACGUAAUAGUUACCUCAACCUAACAAAAACUGCCAAUCAAUCAACUGUUUCAUUUUGUUUUUACUUUGGAUUAUUCUAAUAAGUCUGUCUUAAGUCUAAGUACUCUUCCAGUUAAUUUGUAAAACAUUCUGACAAAAACCCAUAAAAAGCGUCGCCAAAAAAAAAACAAAAUAUGAUAUUUGUAUUUUUAAGACUACAUUUAUAAUCGUCUAGUUUAAAAUAUGAAAAAAAAAUGAUUGCAGACAUGCAAAGAACUUAAUUAAGUGAUUAAUAUGAAAUAAAGUUAAACUAAA